AUGCCUGGAGAAAUCAUCCCGGUGUCACGAGGUGGACCUGAUAAGGGCGUGGUGCUGGAUCACGGCGAGUCCCCCAUCCUGAGUCUCUACUCUGCUAUCUUUGCCUCCACAACAAAUGUCCAAGCUUCUACGUUUUAUCCUUCAGUGUCCCAAACCCGGGAUAUCAAUGCCAUUAUGCACCAGGUUACGGAUCUUAUCUUGGCCAACAUGCGGUACGAUGUGCAAUUGAUGCUGAUCGACCCCGCACAUGAAUUGGAACGCCUGUACCAGACUUCCACUCCCCCGGUUUCUGUGGAGGCGGCGACCGCUGCACUAUAUGCUCAUUAUGCGGCCUCGAGGGAACAAUGUUUUAGCACGGCGCUUCCCAGCGCUUUUUGGAGUGAGACUACCAUUCUUCGUGCUCUUGCAAUGUAUUUGAGGGAGCCGAUUUAUGUAUGGGGCGUGGACGAGACCGGCAAUUGCUCCGCGCGACAGUUUUCUUUCCAGAUAUUCGCGAUGCCCAAUGAGGACAACCACGAAACGGGCAUCGUGCUGGUACUUGACGUUAAGCGAAUUCGUGUCAUCCUCGAGGCUUGUUAA